GAUUUGUGCAACCCAGGUUUUGAAUUUUUACAGUCUACUUGGGAAUAAAAAUACAAAAGGUGUUACCCUUUGUGUAACUGGGACCACUUGUCAGUAAAAUAUUAAUUGUACAUUUUAACUCCUGUCUUAUGCUGAGCUGACUGACACUUGAACAGCAAGUCAGUCUGCUUGUAAAGAUAUGUGCCCCAAAGAAAAGAGAACAGCUGAUGUAAAAGCAACAACUUCACACAGAAAUUGCUCUUCUCACCAAAGUCUCAAGAUGUGAAAAACCCAACCAAACAAGAUCAUUCAUCAAGCACAGACCAAAAAUGUACUGCCAAAUUUAUCAGAUAAGGGUAUAGAACAGAAACCAAAGCAAAACUUCAUGCUACCUAAGGCUUUGGUUAUGUAUCUCACUGGCCUGUAGGGACAGUUUCUUAAAAUUUACCUAGCCAGUGACCUUAAAAGUAGAUUCUAGUGACCUGGUCUUUCCCAAGUCAUCCCUAUUGAUAUUUUAAGAAGCCCAGAGGAAGUGUAAAUUGUUUGGUGUUACCAACACUAACUCACACAGCCUUUUGCCUCCCUGGUGAUGCUUUGGUGAUUGGGAACCUCAGGCUCUCAUAGGAUGCCUGCUUAUAUCUUUGGGGAAAUAGAGGAUCCCAUCAGGUGAGAAAGCCUGCUAGGUGCUUCCCUCUCUUUACCCUUUCACGUACUACACUUUAGCUAGACAAGGUGGUGAAGUCUGCACAGACAGAGCAUGCUGGAGACUGUCAGUAUAGAACUUGGUCAUUUAUUUUCAUUACUGAGAAGGGUAAAGUUCCCUAUCUUACACUCUUCUCUGGUCCCCCAGGUAUUUGUUGCUUGGUGGUCUAUUGGGGUCACUUAACUUGUUUUCAGCUGCAUGAUUUGAAUAGUUCCACAACACAAAAUUAAACUAAACGCUGUUAGUCUUCCAUGCAGUUUGAUGUGUUCUUUAGAACAUAUGGUCUGAACAAAAUGCAUGCAAUGCUGAUGAACUGUGAGCAAAGUGCGCUGUUCUGUAACCAAAGUAGGGGCAGGGUGGGUUUAUACAACUACGUGGGGACAGGGGAAAAUGCCAUCUCAGGUGAAAGGACAGCAGUGAGGAACCCAGAGUGAGGGGACUGUCAGAGGAUGGGAAAGGGAGUACUAAAACCAUGCAGGAGCUCUCUGCAAGGCUGAAUUUCAAGGAAAAGCAGGAAGGGGUCUAAUGGAAAAUUACUUCUAUGGUUUUACUUCACUUGUAAUGCACUGUUUCCCAUCCUUGUACUUAUUUCUACCUGUCCUUUGGCUUUAAGCUUUGAUUAAAAAGAACUUUCCCGUGGCUUGUUUAAAAACCUGCUUAGUGCCAAGGGCUUGGGUGGAACUAGCAAACGGGUGUGCAGUGCUGGAGGUGUGUGUGGAGCCAAGGGCUGGACAAAGGCGUGCUGCUGGCGUAUGGAGGCAGCUGGGUUGCGCUGUUGCGGUCUGGGCAGCAACUGGGUGACAGCAGGCUAGUUGGGCAUGAGACUACUGCCCUCCCUGUUUUCGUAGUGAUGUCCUGUCUCCGCUUCUACCCUUCGGGCUGCUCUGCUACCCUGCGCUGCCUGGGGACUUCCCCUUCACAGCCAGUGACUGCAGAGAUACUGCUGCCCGAGAGGAGUGUCCUUAUCAGCCUCUUGGCCCAAAUAUUUGGUCACAAGGUUUCCCGGAAUAGAACAGCUGCGACCCGAGCCGUGCCCAGCCUGGGCCAAACGGUGAUGUGACAUGUCCUCCCUCCCUGGGGAGCGGCCCAGGGCUGACAGGCAGCCUGUCAGCCGGAGCACCGGGCACCGGUGGGGCUGUACCCGCAGGCUCGGAGCCUGGCCGGGAAGGCAGCAGCAGGUCCUGCCCUGGUUUCUGUGGAGGGUCUGGGUGCUGCCUCAUGGGCAGCAUCACCGGCAGAGGCGGCGAGAGUCAGGAGCCCAUUUGCACACGGAAGGCAGAUGGCCCUGCCCAGGCGUACUGGCAGGCCCUGCUGACGGGGGAUCGGGGGACUGUGGCCGAGAUCCUCAGCGACCCUCAGAACGACCUGAGUCCCAAUGCCGUGUUUGACACCAGUGACCUGGAAGAGUGGAAAAACUACCGCUUCAACCUCCGCCGGCUGAGACUGUGGUCUCUGAGCUAUGAGCAGGAGCUCACCACGCCUCUGCACAUCACAGCCAGCCGGGGCUACACGGACUGCCUGCGGCUCCUGCUGCUCAGGGGAGCUGCCGUCGACUUUGCACCAGGGGGUAAGACUGCCCUGCAUGAGGCUUGUGCAGCACCCAGUACAGAGUGCGUGCGCCUGCUGCUCAGCUUUGGUGCUGACCCUGAGGCUGUCUCUGAGGAUGGCUACAAGCCCCUGCACCUCUGCAAGAGCCCAGACUCCAUCGAGUGCGUCCGGCAGCUGCUGCAGCAUGGCGCCAGUGUGAACAGUCGGACUGAGGAGGAAGAUGACACAGCACUGCAUAUAGCAGCACGACAUGGCCUAACAGACCACGUCCAGCUGCUUCUGCGCUAUGGCGCAGAGCUGGAGGCAAAGAAUGAGGAGGGGCAGACGCCACUGAAUGCUGCCUGUGCUCAGCCCCACCAACCCCAGGACAUGGACCGUUACUACCGGGUCUGCCAGCUGCUGGUGGAAAGUGGUGCUAGCAUCAAUGCUGCAGAUAGGGACCGUCAGCACCCACUUCACCUGGCCUGCAAGAACGCCAAUGCUCAAGUAGCAGAGUUACUACUGGCCCGGGGUGCAAAUGUCAACGUCAUGAACUACGGCGGCAACACGGCACUGCACAAUAUCCUGCAAGCAACUGCCUACAAGCUGGAGCACCACCCAGAGCUUGUGGUGCGAGCCCUGCUCAACUACGGUGCCAUCCGCAUCUGGCCUGGCUCCCUCCUCAAGGUGCUGCGGUACUGCCACGCCUGCCCGCGUGUCAUCGAGGCGCUGAUGAACAGCUAUGAUCACGUGCGCAUCUCUGAGGACUGGGUGGAAGCGGUUCCCGCGGAGGUUGUACAGAAAUACCCACGUUUCUACCAGUCACUUUUCUCCCUGGAGCAAAGACCUCGCUCCUUGCAGCACCUGGCUCGCUGCGCACUCAGGACCUUCCUGGAGGGCCGGUUGCUUCUGGUCCUGUCUCAGCUGCACCUGCCAAGUGCCUUGCACCGUUUCCUGCUGCUCAGCUUCGAGGACGUUCUCUACUAAGGGCUGCGGUUCCAGUCCUACUGUGCCUUUCUGUGCAGAUGUUCCAUCCCUGCCAGUGCAGCCUAUGCCUUCUCAGCUAACCCCUUCCCCUCGCGCACCUCCUGCCGGGCCAUGUCAGCCUCUGUGCCAAACCUGUUGCUGUGUCCUUGUCCCAGCCUUGUGCUCUGCCUCAUGCACGUAUUUUGGAGCAUUCUGUUUACCCGUACUAAUCGGGACAAACUCCAGGCUCACUAAGAAAAGCAAGAUAUGGGCAUUAGGGCAUUUUGUGUGACAAAGAGCAAAUACACUGCAUUGAUCGCAGUUUUAGUUGUAUGGUAUCAGUCUCCCUAUCCCAAAUCUACAAAGUCUAACCUGAACCAGGCAGCUCUGGGGCCCUGGGCAUUUGUUGGGAUCCUGUCUUUAGUCAUGUUGUUUACAGUUUGUACCCAAACGUGUUUGGAAUAAACCCUAGUCUUUCUCUAUACCUACCAGAGUACAACUUCUGCCUUGCCUUGAAGACUGUCCUGACAGAGCUCAUCCAUGUGACAUGCCAUGCAUAGUGGCACGUACACUCCCAGACCUCCACAUCCAUCUGCCUCUCAGGAGGCAUAGGGAAAUGCAUGGUGGGUGUGGGGCUGAGGCCUCCCAAACAAACACUUCCCAUGCAGGUACAAUGUCUGGGGUUGCCUGGCUUUGCAGCUUGGGGCAGGACAGCAGUGCUUGUGCCAGCACUGAGGACUUCGAUGUGGGGUGAGGAGGAAGCACGCCAUGAGAGCACCGGUCCCCUGGGCACAGAGCAGCCAGCCCCUAUGACAGCCCAGCCAGCAUCUACCAGAGCACAGUGCAGGUCCACGCACUGCUGCCGGGGCUGCACUGCACUCUAGACAAGGUAAAGGUAACGUUUGUUCCUGCGAUUUAAAGACACAGUUGUAAAGAAAUCAAAGCACUAACCACCCUUUAAAGAUUUGCAGUAAGCUAAGUCCAUUCCUGUUCUGACUCAAGGAGUGCCUGAACUGCUGCUGGCUGGCAGAAGGUACACUAGGGCAGCACUGCAGGUUGCUCCUCUUGGUGCACUGGUGUUUCAAGGCCUCUGUUAACGUCAACAUCAGCACCAGGACACUGGAAUGCACAGAUCUGAAGGCUAAGCAGUUUGACAGACCCAACGCUUCUGUCUUUUUCUGCCUCUGUUGGGACACAGGGUGUAGCUCUGCUCCCCUAAUUAUCACCACCUUACACAGCUAGAGCAUGCUGCUCUGAGGUAGCAAGCUUGAAAUAACUAUGUGAGGUUCAGCGUGCCAUUCCUAGUGCACUUGCACCAGUGAUGCACCACAGCAUGAAUGCUAAUAGGAUACAACAGGAAUGUGUUUACAUGUUACAGGCUUACAAAAGGUGUCAGGAAACCAGUUCUGGCAGCCUGUGUGUGUAGGUACUACUAUUGCAGUAUAGAGAUGGUAUAUCUCAAAAAGGUUUCACAGUGUGCUUUAUGACAUCCAUGGGCAGAGAGGUGAGGUGUUGGCUCGAUGUGACGUAUUGAGCCUAUCUGCAAAACAGGGAUGAAGGGAGCAGGGGAGUCAAAGCUUUUAAAAUACCUGGAUAAUGGCCUGCACUCUUACCAUGGAUCAGUAGUGCAUUUCCCCUGAACCAGUGCAGGAACCCAGCCUGAAGUCACCACCUUCCUGCUAGCUGAGCUCUUAUGUCUGUUCAGGGUGAUCUGUUUAUGGGAUCAGGUCCUGUAGUCUUAUUCCCCAAUUCUAAUCACCACGUUAGAGUGUUCACUUUUAGCCAGAUCAUGUCUGUGACUGGAGGAGGAGCAGAAAAAGGAGGGUCUGUCCCUUUUGGUGGCAGUGCAGUCCAGGAUUGCCUUAGCCUGAAUAGGUAUCUUUGGUAUGAAGGCAGUCUGCAGAGCAGCACAUGUGGAGCUGGUUUACCAGUCCUCCUUUCCAGCACUGUCUAUAUGCCUGCAAUAAUGUAUGUUCAGUAAUGUGUACUCAGCCACUAAGAUAAUAUCACCCGAAGGACAGGGAAGGAUUGAAUUUAAUGCUUUGUUUUAUUUUGGAAUUGUUUCUUGCAGCUGUUAGACUUAAAGCCACGCCUCAGGUCUUGCUGAUUACUUUUGCUAGUUCUGAAGUCUGCUCUGCAUCAUUUGGGUGAUGAGGGCAGCUUGGCUUGAAAGAAGUAAACCUGCAGUGUUUUGUUUCUGCAAACGCAGGAGCGCGCAGUGCCGCUGCACACACGGGCAGGCCAACUCCUGGCACUGCCAAUUCCUCUUUGGACAAAAGUGUCCUGGUGUAGACAGGCACCUGUUGCAAUGAAGGACCCGUGCUGGGACUGCAGGUGAAUUUCCAGGGUUCCUUUCAGAGCUACCAGGUUUGCAGGCAGGGGAUCCCAGUGUAAGUGGGAGGGCGGAGGUCAGGUAGGUGGCUGAGAGGGGCAAGCCAUCCCUGGGCACAAAUCUUCAUCUAUGUUCCCACUGAAAUUAAAAGGGCAUGAUUUCAUUGUGUGUAAGGAAACCACUGAGUAACCAUUUUCAAGGAAUGUGAGGCUAGUAGGAAAAGGGUAGUAUCUUUUACAGAUUGACUGAUUUAACUGGGGGAGAAAAACAAACCAAACCAAACAAAACCCACCAGAAAAGCUUUUGGCCACUCAAGCCUUUUUUCAGAACUGAAACAAUCAGAAAAGUUCAAGCUAAGUGCAGGCUGAGAACAAAUGCUCUGAGUUUAACUCAGUUAUGCUAAUUGAUUAGCAACUGAUUUUUAAAAACAUUUACAAGAACAGAACAGAAUUAAAAAGGUUUGAUGUUCCAGAGCACAUUUUGGCAAUAUAACAAGCUGUGCUACUUUUUCUCAGAUUUCUAAAGGGGAAAUUUCUAAUGCAGCAUUGAAUGUACUUUCUGGGACCGGAGUUAUGCCGGGGAAAUUUAGCUGUCCUGAGUGUGAGGGCUAUGGUCUCAACCGAGGACAGCAAGCAUGUGACAUUAUUAGCACAGGGGCAUGUGGUUCUGAUGUGUUUUUACCAACUGCCACAGGCACAGGCAGCUGCUGAUUGCUACUGUGUCCCAGGUUCACUGGGAAUGUCUCUUGGGCACAUGCUGUUGUUCCUGCUGCAGCAUCCACCUGGGUUUUUUGGCAGAGCACUCAGCAAGAGUCACCCUCAUGACUAGCUGAAGUAAUGCGAGUUCACUGCCAUGUUCUUAGUGCAGCUGCCCAAGUGAUGCGCUCAGGGAAAAAAAAAUUCAUCCCAUAUCUAGACAGAAGUUUCCAUCCUAGCUGCAACCACUGGGUCUUACUCUGACCCUCUCUGUGCAGUCAAAGCAUUGCCUAUUCCUAGUAUCGUCUUCCUUUAACUGAAAGAUCGACUGCAUCAGUAUCUCCCUGUAGGCUUCCCAGCCUAGAAUAUCUGCCCAACCCUUACUUGAUCUUUCCUGUUCCUCAGUAAAAAGCAUGACAUGCCAUAAUGGGUGGACUAGUGAAUCACAGUAGUACUUAUAGAAGGGUACAAGAACAAAAUGAGUAUAGAAAAGCCCUUCCCUUGGAUGUCCAUCCCCACCCCCAAGUUCUGUAAACUGCAUUUCAGGUACUUUUGAGUCAAAAGGGCAUCUUUGUAUUUAGCAGUUGUAGAGAGAUUUUCUUUUUUUCUUUUCCAUAAAUUUGACCAGUCACUUUUUGGACCCAUGUAUGUUUGAGCAUUCUGGUAUCCUUGUGGCAAGGAUAACUUAAUUGCACAUUGUGUUGAUCACCUGCUUUUAUUUGUCUUUAUGCUGCCACCUUCUUGGUUCAUUUGAUGCCCUUUAACUCUUGUAUUCUAAGAAUAUGUGGGUAACCAUAGUCUGUUCCUCUCCAUUAUUCAGAACUGUAUAGAUCCCUGUCAUUUCUCUCCUUACUCAGGCUGGAAUCUAUUCAACUGUGUCAUUCCCCCCGUGGAAGCUGUCACCCAACCCUUAACCACGAGCACAGGCUUUCCCUGUCCCUUUACUGAUCCUGGUGGACUACUUUGAGAUGAAGGGAGUACAACUGUGCACAACAUUCAAAAUAUGGUUGUGCUAUGAUUGUGUAAGAGUUAUUCUUAGCCAUGUGGAUGUGAGAUCUACACAAAUGCCUCAGGAACCUUAGAUUCAUAUUUGACAUUACUUGAUUAUUUACACAGUCCAGGAGGAGGAUGGCCUUGGCAGCAAUGCCCUCCCAUGCAGCGUGUUUUGUGUUCAGAUGGCAUAUGUUGCAACCUCUAAACUUUUUUCGGACUCAUUACUAUCCAGGAUGCUGUACCUAUUUUAAAAUUAAGCCCAAAUUCUUCUUUCCUAUAUGUUGCACCUUAUAGUUAGAUGUAACAAACCAGGUUUUUCAUGAAUCUGGUGUUUCAAGCAAUCCAGAUUAGGUUGUCUUGGGCAAGUGCCACCUGUUACUUUUACCAUCCCAACAAUUCAUUUUUAUCCACCCCAAUAAUUUUACCAGCAAUUGUUUUAUUUUCUCCUUGAUUGCUAAUAACAUAUAGCAUUGAUAUGUGAAUAGAAUACAACUAGAAAUACAUCUGUCAAAUGUCUAUAUAGAAUAAGUCUUCUUGGUUACCCAAUUCUUUCAAAUCUGUUAAUACUGAUCACACUGACUGUAGCAUACAGCUAAUUUUUUCUUAUUAGAAUGUCAUGCAGAACUAAGUCAAAUGACUUACAGGAGUCUAAGCAUGCCAUAUCUAUCUAGUUAGCUCUAUAAAACUUGUAGGCUUACAAAAAAAUUACAUAAAAUCAUUUGAAAGUCCCUCUUUCAAAUGACAUUAAUUUGAAUGACAUUAAUUUGGGUUCUAGCUUUUACUAAUUUACUCAGGACAUCCUUUGGCUGCUUGUCGGUGAUUGCUUGGGAUGUAUGUUGAACUAACUGCUUGGUAGUUUCUUGGAUAUCCAUGUGAGCACAUUUAAAUACUGGCAAGACAUUGGAAUUUUUUUUUUCCCCCAGUUAUCUUAAGUUCCCCAAUGUGCCAUGAUUUGUUAUAAAGAAAAAAAUCAAUGGUUCAGUGAACUCAUUAGCCAAAUAAAUACUCUUGGAUGUAAUUUAUUGUCCUGCAGAUUAUAAAAUUUGUUACUUCAACAAUUUCUCUCUAGCAUCUUCCUUAAUUACUGAUGGAAUAGAAAGUAUUUCAUUACCACCGUAAAAGCCAAAUAUUAUCAAUUGUUGUUUCAAAUACAGAGCAGAAAUAUUUAUUGAGUUCUUGGUUUUCAUUAUGCAGAACAUACGUUUACACACAGAAACCUGGAGCAGGUGCCCAGUGACAGCAAUUCUUUGGAUUCUCUGCUGCUGGGGCAUCCUGCUCUGGGGUCGACAUUUAAAAAAAAUUGAGAAAUUGGAGAGGGUUCAGAGAAGAGCCAUAAGUGAGUUAUGGAUUGCCAGUGAUUCCUGCCAGUGGGAACUUCGGAGGGGCGGCGGUUGGACACACCAUGGUUGAUCCUGGGAGCCCCAUGUGCAGUUGUAGUUGCCAGUUCUUCGGUUCCAGAUUUACAGGGCAGGAACGGUUGAUAGCACUCUUCUGCGAAGCACUGUGGGCACGCAGGCUAAACUCACCCUCCAUCGCCAUGCUGACAUCUAUUGCUGGUCCUCAACUGUGCCUUACCAAGCUUUCCGAGGGGCAGACUGCAGAGUUUAUUCAGCAUUGCCAGUUCUUCUGAGUGGCACUUAGAGGUAAAACUAGAUCCAGUGGCUGGAAAUUGAAGCUGGGCAAACACGUAUUAGAAAUGAGACACAUUUUUAAUAGCAAGGGCAAUUAAUCUACUAGUUAAUUGCAUCUUAGAAUAGCUUAUCAUGGUGCAUGUAGAUUUCUCAUCUCUGGCUUUUUUAAAAAUCACCAGAAGAGCUGCCCUAGCCCAGACCAGAAUUAAUCCUGCAUGGUGCUCAGGCCAAGUCCCAAAGAGAUCAGACUGCUUAAUUACAGAUCUAUGAUCCAUAGUCUUGUCCCUCUUCCACACUGGUCUACCACUAGUCUCUGUCACCACUGGGACUGUGUUUGGCCCCAGGGUAAUGAAACAGUUUCAUGUUUCCCUUAACAGCGCUGCUCACUUCAUUGAUACUUCAUUGAUGUCUCUGACUUCCCCUUAGUUCCCUUCAUUUUGUAACUGCUGGUUUGUACUGGCUCUAUCAGCUUCCUUGCUCUGAAUUUGCUGCCUGUGCUGGUUUCUGAAAAAGACAUUCUGAAAUAAAUGGUGAUGCUACUUUAUAAUUUUA